AUGGCUACGCUGCAACUUACUCCUCGAAAAGAAUAUUAUAGAUGGAAAAAUGUCAAUUUUUGUUGCGUUUGUGGUGACGAUAAAUCAUCCAGCAGCUUUACGAAGGUUUUCAGCGCUAUUGGCAAAGAAAAGAAGUUAUCUGAACUGAUAGGUUCCUUGACAAAAUUUGAGCUGGAAGAAUCCGACAGCAGUGCAGGAUCUUUAAAAGUCUGCCGAUCAUGCGAACGAAAACUCACAAAAUCAGCCGAUUUCCAGACAUGUGUAAUCACCACACUGCAAA